GACUGGCGCCUCGCCACCGUGUCUGAGCUCAACAUGUGGCAGCAGGAUGAUGCCGAUAGGCUGCGGAGAUAAAGCCGACGAUAAACCGUGAAGCAUCAUGGGAGGUGGCAGAUGGAUACACCGGCUGUGGGCCGACCAGUGACACAUACGCACACAGAUGCAAAAUGGACAAAGGCUUCAGCUUAAAUAUGCUGAAGAAGCUGGCAGCAGAGCCGGACUACACCGACGUGUCGCUGACGGCAGCCGAGCGUGUCCGUGCGCUAGGGAAGAUGGGAUGCAGCGUGGAGAUCAAUGAGGACAUCGCUCCACGACGCUACUUCCGCUCAGGAGUGGAGAUGGAGCGCAUGGCGGCGGUUUACCUGGAGGAGGGCAGUCUGGAGAAUGCCUACGUCCUCUACACCAAGUUCAUCACCCUGUUUGUCGAGAAGCUGCCCAACCACAGAGACUACCAGCAGUGCAGUGUCCCCGAGAAGCAGCUCAUCAUGAAGAAACUGCAGGAGGUGGCGUUUCCUCGUAAAGAUGAGUUAAAAAAACGUCUUCAGGAGAAAUACAGCAGAGAACACACGGAGUACCUCAGAGCCCAGAGCCAGGCGGUGGCGGUGGAUAGGUGUGGCCAGCAGCUGCAGCAGCUCUCCCUCUUGGAUGAGGAUAGAAGGCGGCUGUUGCUAUUGGAGGAGGAGAAGCAGCGUGUUGCCAGCCUGCGACAGAUGCAGAUCGAAUCAGAGCAGUUUCGUUACUUCGAAGACCAGCUGAGGCGUCAGGAACUGGCCAAUAGGAGAGGAGAGGAGGUGGGGCAAAAGGUGGGGACUAAAGUGUCCGAGGUGACAGACGGCUCCUGUCUGUCUCGGCAGCCAAUCGGAGACAGAUUACGAGUCCAGGGGGCGGAUCCUAACAGAAACAGGCCCCUGGGUCCUGUCAGCCAACCGGCUGCCACACUGGCUGGAGUACACACUCAGAGGGUAGAGGGUCUGAGGUGGGUGGUGAUUCCCAGAGAUCUGACAUAUCGUUUCCUGCUGCUGGCCAACUCCAACACGGCCAGAGGCAUCGAGACCUGCGGAGUCCUCUGUGGACGGCUGACGCACAAUGAAUUCAUGCUGACUCAUGUGGUGAUCCCAAAACAGUUGGCCGGUCCAGAUUUCUGCGACAUGGAGAACGUGGAGGAGCUGUUCAGCUUCCAGGACCAGCAGAACCUGCUGACGCUGGGCUGGAUCCAUGUACGACUACGUGCUAAACAAAGACUAAAGACAAAUACAACUCAUCCCACUCAGACGGCCUUCCUCUCCAGUGUUGACCUCCACACUCACUGUUCAUAUCAGCUGAUGCUGCCAGAGGCUAUCGCCAUUGUCUGCGCUCCCAAACACAACGAUACUGGUGUGUUCAGGCUCACUGGUCCAGGGAUGUCAGAGGUUUCUGGCUGCAGACUGAAAGGUUUCCAUCCUCACUCCAAGGAUCCUCCUCUCUUCACUGUGUGUAAACAUGUUGUGGUGAGAGAGUCGAAGGUCAGCCUGCUGGACCUCAGGUGACAGACAGGAGGCGCUGUCUGUUUGUUUACUGCCAGACUUUUAUUUUCUUAAGAGGAAACUGAACGCCUUUGUGUCUGAGCUUUUAACUCAUGGAAGGAAGUGUUUUCUCACGCUGAAGACACAGUGUACAUACAGUUCUCUGUAUGGUUUUUGAAGCUUUUUGUGGAGUUUGUUCUCAAAACGUGUCUGCUUUUGAUAUCCUCUGCUGGCUCUAAAUAGACACGGAUCUCUAUUUUUUUGCUUUUUCUGUGGAUCGAAGUUUCUCCUGGUGCAUUUUAAAUAACAAAUGUGAGGCGUGCUGGAACAGUUGAAGUGACAGAGUGCCUUCUCAUGAAAAACCAACAUGAAUGUGUCAGACGAGCUAACUGUUAACAUGAACAAGUGUUUGGUCAAUUUUGAAGGGAAACAAGUUAUUUUAUCAAGUGAAUUAUGUAAAUGUGAGUGUUUGUUUUUGUUGGAUUUCAGUCGGGCAGCAGCAGGUUCAGAGCUGCUUUAAUGCUCUCACCCUGUAAAAGCAGCGUUAUUCUUUUCAUUGUUCAAACUACAAAGUUUUUUUUUCUGAGCUUCAACAAAACAAACAGAUUUGUCUCCAUUAAAGUGACAUGAAAGACAUUUAUUGAAGUGAAGGUAAAAAGCAACAUGGACAUUUUCUAAAACCGGGAAUGAAAUCUGCAGUUUGAGCUUUGUACAAGCAGAAACCCACUGAGGGCAGUCGGGACGUCUCAUCGGUUCAGAGAUUUUACUUUGAUUGGCUCAGUGAAAUCUCAGUAAAACACAGACGUCGCUGUCAGCAGCUAAAACCCGGAGGAUGAGCUCAUAGGCUACGUUAACAUCACGCGUGUGUUUUUGUGGGUUUAGUGUCAGUAACAUUCAGAUUCUCUCCACUAUACUUCUGUUAGGCCAUGUUUCAAAGUAAGUCUGAUAUUCGACCAACUUCAAAAUAAAAGCCAGGAAUUCACUUCAAAGUGAAGUUGUCCUAAUGCUGACUCGUAUUCACUGAACUGGCCCGCAAUCCACCAUUUGGGAAUCCUUGGUUACACGUUUAAACAAAUCUUCAUUUUUUAAAAGGUGUCGAGUUUCUUCCUGUUGUUGCUGUAUCUUCAACAUGUUCUCAGACAAACCUCCUGACAGCCCUGUCCUGCUGCUGCGCCGCCUGGGGAUGCACAAUGGUGCACUGGUACCUCCUGUUUGUGCACCAACAGAUGUUUUAUUGUUCUGGUUGUUAGUGACUGGACUGCUGUUUUUAAAACUUUUUGGUAAUAAAACACCAA